AGAUUAUUUCGAGGGAACUGGUUUCGUAAAUGCACCUCACAUUUUACAGUAACGUCAAGGAAAUUCGGCUCAGGGAAACGUUGUGAAACUUGCAGCUCGUGUCCGUCUCGUCAGGGCCUCUGCAAUCCAUUGUCUCUCUGGCGCUUUCCAAGAACUGAUCGCCAUCCCGCGACCGAAUCCGACAAUGUCAUCCAAUCUGCUUUCCAUUGCCGGCUGGUAUUUUUUGCCUAGCCUUGUCACGGGCUAUGUGCAAGCAGCACUGUAUGCCGUGUUCAUCCGCGCAGGAGAACCUAAGCCAGCACCUGGUUCGCUUCGUUAUGUUCGCGAUCGGAGACGUAUCCAAAUCCUCGUCAUCGUCGCCUAUCUUGCGUACACGGUAUAUGAAACCGAUCAUCAGCUGUUAGAAACGUCGGAUCUUUACAACCUUCUGGGUGUCCCGCAUGAUGUCGAGGAUAAGGCACUGCAAUCGCGCUUUCGAAGACUCACGGUGCAAAUGCAUCCAGACAAGGUUGCCGAGCCACACAAAGCCAAAAUGGAGGCUUUGUAUGUGAACAUGAAAUUCGCUCGAGACGUAUUGGUCGAUCCGGCUAAGCGAUUCGCCUACGAUCGCUUUGGACCCAGCAUUUUCACUUGGCAGAAUAGCAAAACCGCGCGUGACUUUGUCUCUGUGGGUGUGAUGAACAUUGCUGGAUUCUAUGCCAGCAGCGCUGGCGCACUCGUUCUGUUGGCCGUGGCCGGCUAUCUGCGAGCUGCAAUGUUCUGGCGUUACCUCACCAUGGCGGCGCUCUUCGUCGCAGAGCUCUACAUUGUCUCCAGACCUACCUCGCCGUGGUUGCUGGCUAAUGCUCUGAAUCCGUUCCUCACGAUGACUGGCCUACGACUCCCUUAUCUGCCGUUUCAGCUCAUCUCUUUGUUGCGCAAGUUGACGUUGACGUUUUUCAUUGCACUGUCACAAUUGGAUCCGCUACUUCGCGAUCCACAAAAGCAAAAUCUGGAAGAAACCGGUCCUGCGAUCAUGGCUCAACGUUUGAACCAUAUCAAUGUUUUGACCAACGCCGCGGAGGCUGAGUUAGGGCGCCUACUCAGUAUGGAGCUCAUGCCGUUCGUAGGAGAGCCAUCUUCCGCCAAUGUCCUGCGCUCGAGCCUCAAGGAGUGGCUAGUACAGAACACUGUUCGCAACGAUCCUGCGGUCAAGGCGGCUGCUGCAAAUGUGCUCGAGGAGAAGCGGGUGCCGAGCUCGAGUCAUGAUGUGCCGCUCGCUGCAGCGGAAUGAUGACGACGACCAAUCACCCCUGGACAGCAAACCUAGUCCUGCUGGACGGACUCUUCCUUCGCGGAAUUCAAAAUUACAUCACAUCAUCCCAAGACCACGGACGAAUCGAACUUCGUCGGCGUUUCGCUCCAACGCUCUUCGCAUGGCCAAUCCGUACUGUCGUUCA